GCGGCCUUCCCCCUCCCCCCUCCCGUUUUGAUCGAAUCAGACGUAACAUCUCCGUCGUCGUGCUCGUGUGUGUUGUGCGACAGUUGGGGAGCCCUUGAGCAGAAUACGGCAGAGAGGGAGGGGUGUUUCUUUCGCUUUCCUGCCUGGUUUCCUUAGCAAAUAUGGUAGUGGCGGCGGUUGGGCGCGCGCUGGUCGGGAGCCGAACUUGGAGCGGCGCGGCGAGGAUGGGAAAACAGUUGGUAAGACCUCAGACAUUAAGAAUAAUCUGUACUACUACAACAGCGCAGAAGAAAAAUGUUGCCCCUUCAGGACCUCAGAAGUACACAGAAGCUUUUAUCAAAAAACAGAUUGAAGAUUUCAACCUAGGCAAGAGACAUUUAGCGAACAUGAUGGGAGAAGAUCCAGAAACUUUUACCCAAGAGGAUAUUGAUAAAGCUAUUACUUAUCUCUUUCCUUCUGGUCUAUUUGAGAAAAAAGCCAGGCCCGUAAUGAAGCAUCCUGAUGAAAUAUUUCCAAAGCAAAAAGCAAUCCAAUGGGGUGAAGACGGCCGUCCAUUUCACUUUCUUUUUUACACUGGCAAGCAGUUCUAUUAUUCUUUAAUGCAUGAAAUGUAUGGUAAACUGCUUCAUGUUCAGGAACACCAGGAACAAAUGCAUACUGCAGGAUUAGCUCCUGAGAACAAAACCAAAUUAAACCUGAUUGGCAGCAGAUGGCUGAUUAAAGAGGAACUGGAAGAAAUGCUAGUGGAAAAACUGUCAGAUCAAGAUUAUUCACGAUGUAUUCAACUGCUAGAAAAAUUAAUAGCAUUGCCGUGCUACAGCAUUGAAGAAGAUUAUGUGUUAAAAUUUCGUAAGCAAUUACAUGUACAAUCCAAACAGCAGGUAGUUGAACCCCUGAAGUAUAAUGAGCAAGGACUGGCCUUCAGCACUGCAGAAGGCCGAAGAAAGACAGCAACAGCAACUGUUACAGUUUAUGACGAUGGAAGUGGGAAAAUUACUGUAAACGGAGAUGAUUAUGUACUUUACUUCCCGGUGUUGCAGGACAGAGAACAGCUGAUGUUCCCAUUCCAGUUCCUUGAUCGACUGGGAAAACACGACAUGGUCUGCUCUGUUUCUGGUGGAGGAAGAGCAGGACAGGCUGGAGCAGUCCGCUUAGCUUCUGCAAGAGCGUUGUGUAGCUUUAUUACUGAAAAAGAGGUGGAGUGUAUGAGGCAAGCUGGUCUCCUAACACCUGAUCCACGUAUAAGAGAGCGAAAGAAGCCUGGUCAAGAGGGAGCCCGCAGAAAGUUUACCUGGAAGAAGCGAUAAAUUUAAAAGUGAAACAAUGGACUGCUAUCAUCUGAAGCAACCAGCAUGUCUGGACUGAACUGAGACAACACACCUGAUCCCUGGUAUCUUAAUUUGUGCCAGAAGACUUCGCGGAGAAGCCAGCUGGAACACAGCUUCUUCUGAUCUUUUGCGGGGAGUGGGGUGGGGCUGACAAUAAGGUAUUCAGUGUGGAAUUGCCAUUCUUUAUUUAUUCUUUAUGUUACAUGGUAUCCACACAUAUGCCAUUGACCAGUCAUGGUCAUCCAGUAUUUUUCCAGUGGUUCUUCUAUUUUUUUAUGAGACAACAGAAAGUUUUAACUUUCAUCAGAACCGUAGUGCAAACUCUGCAUCUGUAGGACACCUUUAGCUUCACUCUUGCAUCUUUUUUUAAAAAAGUGAUACUGUAAAGGGAAACAACCUAUCAGCUCAGCACACAUUCUUAUAAGAUUUUAUUUCUUUCUUUUAAAAUAUUUCUCAACCACUUAAUAUUUUAAACAUUUUUCGUUGGUGUAUAACAAUACAAAUCAACAUAAAACCAGAAUCUUACAGAUCAGGAAACACCUUCACAAAAAGAGAUGUCUGAAGCAAAAAAAGAUGAUGCUUCACGUAUGACAGAGGAAAGGGCAUUUCAACAUGUAGUGGCAUCACUGGAAAAUGCCAACUUUGGGGUCAUCAUCCUAUUAUAUUCUGUAGGAUGUGGUGCCACAAGUAAAAUCUUCCUGAAUGAUCUAAGCAGGAGUGUAGUCAUCCAGGGUCUUGAGCGGGUGUCUUAUACCCCUUACUUACUUGUUUGGGAGCCAGGUCCCUGCAGGAUCUCUAUGUCUCCAGCAUCCUAUGAGCCAAUCACCAUGAAAGGGGAGUGUGUUAGCUGCUGAGAAGAGUCUUCUAUCAUGCUUCCUUGUCAUAUCCUGCUGAUUGGAGCCAAUCAAAGUGAAAGGAGGUGAGUCGGCCACUGAGAAGUCUUCUCAGUACCUCACACACUCCCCUUUCAUGCUAAUUGACUCCUAGGGACAUCUGUAGAUGUGAGAGAGUGAUGUUGUUGUUGAUUGUUAACAACAAUCUCAUUCUCAAUCCAACAAAAAAAUUAUUCUACAAUCUUAGAAGGUUGCAUAUUCUUGGAUAGGGGGCAUGGCUGUGACUAUCAUGAAAGGACCCUCUACUUCUGAAUUUGCCACUAUGCUACUGGAUCUAAGUGAUCUUAUAGAUUAUGCUGGGACAGCCUGACCUUCAGGUAACCUGGUCCAAAGCUCUUCAGGGCUCUAAAGAGAACCUGAACAUGGUCCAGGAGCCAGCGCAGUUCUCUCAGCACAGAUUUAAUACAUGCACAUCCAGAUGUUUCACUCAACAAGCUGGCUACAGUGUUCUGGACAAGUCUCAAGUGAAGCCCCACAUAGAGGGUGUUAUGGUAUCUCAGAUCAUGAGAUUACCAGUGCAUCAUUGUGAUGAGCACCACUUUUAUGACCUUUUUGUUUUUUAUAUUAUUGAUAAACUAUGGUUUAGUUGGGAAAGGCUGAAUGGAGGGAACAUUGUUCCUCAUCUUGUAAUCAUGAAUAAGAAAAAGCAAGCAUCACACCUGCACCAUCUCAGAACUGUGCUUUUCAGAAAAAAGUACCAUGACAUGCCAAAGGUGUGCUGACAGGAUUGGAGCAAAAUGGAGCCAAUGAGCCACAGGAAGACAGUAUGUUUUGGUGAACCUCAAGCCAAGAACUCUACUGCAAAAUUUGGAAAGGUGCAAAAUUGAUCCACACAUUAUUCCAGGGAGUGGGGAUCAAAUCUGUUUGUGUCAGAGUUCACAGAAAUCAAAUUCUUCAAGUGCCUUGGUGCUAAGGCCCAUGAAUUUCAUAAUGCAGCACUAUGAUGAUGUUGGCACUAAUUAAAAGUUUCUCAAUGUUUGGAGGUGGUUUAAUUCCCAGGUCUUCCGGGUGGCCCCUCCCUUCAUUAUAACCUAUCUCGUUUAUUCCUGGGGGACCGAAGAAUUUGAAUGUCUAAAAAGGAAGAACCCAGCUGACUGUGGAAAUAACGAGUAAUUUGACUGAUAACGAAGAAAACAGUUGCCAGCGUUAUUCUUGUUCUUGGCUUGUGGACAUGUAUAUACAAGUAUUUAAAGUAACGCUCAAUAAUUUGCUUUUAAUGUUAUUUGUUAUCUAAUUUUGAGAAUUGUUAUUUAAUUUUGAGAAUUGUAUUAUUUUAUUGAUGUAUUAUGUUAUAUUGAUGUAUUGUUAUGUUUGGGUUUUUUGUAAGCCGCCUUGAGGGCCGUUUGGCCAUAAGGUGGGGUAUAAAUUUAAUAAAUAAAUAAAUAAAUACUCUGGAUAUAGGGGUUGUUUUUAAAUGCAAGAGAGACCUAGUACUAUAGCACCAUAAUCUAUAGUGUUAUUUAUGAAAGUUAAAAACAAACCCUUUUUGAUCACUGACCUUAACCAUGUUGCUAAAUUGGCAGUGACCAGAAGGCUUCUUAGAAUUAUUUUUUAAAAUUAGCAUUAUUAUACUGUAUAAUAUGUUAUACUGUAUAUUAUACUGUACUGUUUACAACAAAGGCUCUUACCAUAUAUGGAGCGAGAAAUACCAGACGUCCAAGCUGAAUUUAGAAAGGGAAGAGGCACCAGAGAUCACAGCACAAACAUAUGUUGGAUAAUGGAACGGACCAAGGAAUUUCAGAAGGAAAUCACCCUGUGCUUUAUAGAUUACAGGAAAGACUUUGAUUGUGUAGAUCAUGAAAAGCUAUGGAAUGCAUUAAAAGAAAUGGGAGUGCCAUAGCAUCUGAUUGUCCUGAUGCGCAACCUAUACUCUGCACAAGAGGCUACUGUAAGGACAGAAUAUGGAGAAACUGAUUGGUUCCCAAUCAGAAAGGGUGUGAGAUGGGUGUAUUUUUUCACCCUACUUCCUAAAUCUAUACGCAGAACAUAUCACAUGGAAAGCGGGACUGGACCAAGAUGAAGGAGGUGUGAAAAUUGGAGGGAGAAAUACCAAUAAUUUAAGAUAUGCAGAUGAUACCAUAGUACUAGCAGAAACCAGUAAUGAUUUGAAACGAAUGCUGAUGAAAGUUAAAGAGGAAAGCACAAAAGCAGAACUACAGCUGAAAGUCAAAAAGACUAAAGUAAUGACAACAGAAGAUUUAUAUAACUUUAAAGUUGACAACGAGGACAUUGAACUUGUCAAGGAUUAUCAAUACCUCGGCACAGUCAUUAACCAAAAUGGAGACAAUAGUCAAGAAAUCAAGCUAGGACUGGGGAGGGCAGCUAUGAGAGAACUAGAAAAGAUCCUCAAAUGCAAAAAUGUGUCACUGAACACUAAAGUCAGGAUCAUUCAGACCAUGGUAUUCCCGAUCUCUAUGUAUGGAUGUGAAAGUUAGACAGUGAAAAAAGCGGACAGGAGAAAAAUCAACUCAAUUGAGAUGUGUUGGAGAAGAGCUUUGCACAUGCCAUAGACUGCAAAAAAGACAAAUCAUUGGGUGUUAGAACAAAUUAAACCAGAACUAUCACUAGAAGCUAAAAUGAUGAAACUGAGGUUAUCAUCCUUUGGACACAUAAUGAGAAGACAUGAUUCACUGGAAAAUACAAUAAUGCUGGGGAAAACAGAAGGGAGUAGGAAAAGAGGAAGGCCAAACGAGAAAUUAUUGAUUCCAUAAAGGAAGCCACAGACCUGAACUUACAAGAUCUGAGCAGGGUGGUUCACGACAGAUGCUCUUGGAGGUUGCUGAUUCAUAGGGUCGCCAUAAGUCGUAAUUGACUUGAAGGCACAUAACAACAAAAAUACUGUACUGUUAUAACACCAUUACAAAUCAACCCUAUAGCUGUAUGGAACUAUACCACUCUUUCAAAAAUAAAUAGGGGUCAUAAAAUAGCACCCACCAUAAGGGGUAUAUUGAAUGUGUGCUGUGCUUUUGGUGCGGACAGAACACACUGGGAUAUACACACAGAAAAAAUACAAUGCUCCUGAUAGCGUGAAUAGUUCUUGUAGUUUACAACAGUAGAUCAAUGACUGCAUUGAUCACCUGUGUGAAAGUAGCCUUACAACCUAUAAAAUGCAUUAUUAUUAAUAAUCAGUUUUUUACCAGCCCUGCACCAUAAGGUCCCACGGCAGGUUACAAAAGUUUAAAAUACAGUAUUAGAAAUGGUUUAAAACCAAUUAAGAGUGUUCAAAACACUUUACAUUUUCUAAUCCUUGGAACAACUCUGCAAGGUAGGUCAGUAAUCAUGGUAGUACUAAUUUGUGUUGAUUAAACAAUCUUUUUUUAAAAAAUGAUCUGGAUCUACCUAUUGUGGGGGGAACCCAAAAUGUUUGCAGAUGAAUUGACCUUUAAUGUGUGAUGACUCUCAGAUCGCCUCUGCCCCUUUAAAAGGAAUGUUCACUCUUAGGUUUUAUGUUCUUGAUAAAUCUAGUUUCUUCAUUCUGAAGAAAGCUUAAUAAAGUUCUCAGUUCUUACUUUUAUGCAGAUUUCUUAAUCGUGAACAAAUGCACUCCAAAUUGUUUUAUAAAUGAAAUAA